GUGUGUAUGUGUUGCUGUUACCCGCCGCCUCCCCUUUUUUUCUCUCCGUCUUACUCACCCACCCCCUUUUCUCUCCGUCUCCCUCGUCCCUACACCUCCAGUCCUGCUCCUGUUGUCUCGGCGGAUUGUUGGGCUGUGGGAGAGAAGGGGAUAUCGCGAGUAUUGGAGUUUUGGUGAGAGUUUGUGGAAGAUGGCGCCUGUUGUGACAGGGAAGUUCGGGGAGCGCCCUCAGCCACAGCGCCUAACAAGAGAAGCGAUGAGGAAUUACCUGAAGGAGCGAGGAGACCAAACUGUCAUGAUCCUACACGCAAAAGUUGCACAGAAAUCCUAUGGCAAUGAGAAAAGGUUCUUCUGCCCUCCUCCCUGUGUGUACCUGAUGGGCAGCGGCUGGAAGAAAAAGAAGGACCAGAUGGAGCGAGACGGCUGCUCCGACCAGGAGUCGCAGCCUUGCGCCUUCAUCGGCAUCGGCAACAGCGACCAAGAAAUGCAACAGCUCAACUUAGAGGGAAAGAACUAUUGCACAGCCAAAACCUUGUACAUAUCCGACUCUGACAAGAGAAAGCACUUCAUGUUGUCUGUCAAGAUGUUCUACGGCAACAGCGCGGACAUCGGCGUCUUCCUCAGCAAGAGGAUCAAAGUCAUCUCCAAGCCCUCCAAAAAGAAGCAGUCCCUCAAAAAUGCUGACUUGUGCAUUGCAUCGGGGACCAAGGUGGCACUGUUCAACCGACUGCGCUCCCAAACAGUCAGCACGCGGUAUCUACACGUGGAGGGUGGCAACUUUCACGCCAGCUCCCAACAGUGGGGCGCUUUCUACAUCCACCUGUUGGACGAUGAGGAGUCAGAAGGAGAGGAGUUCACUGUGAGAGACGGUUAUAUCCACUACGGCCAGACGGUCAAGCUGGUCUGCUCCGUCACCGGCAUGGCCCUGCCCAGACUGAUCAUCCGGAAGGUGGACAAGCAGACGGCGCUGCUGGACGCCGAUGACCCCGUCUCCCAGCUCCACAAGUGUGCCUUCUACCUGAAGGACACAGAGCGCAUGUACCUGUGCCUUUCCCAAGAAAGGAUCAUCCAGUUUCAAGCCACUCCAUGCCCAAAGGAACCAAACAAGGAGAUGAUCAACGACGGCGCCUCCUGGACAAUCAUCAGCACAGACAAGGCCGAAUACACCUUCUACGAGGGCAUGGGCCCCGUCCACUCGCCUGUCACCCCGGUGCCUGUGGUGGAGAGCUUACAGCUAAACGGCGGCGGGGAUGUCGCCAUGCUGGAGCUGACGGGACAGAACUUCACUCCAAAUCUGCGGGUCUGGUUCGGAGACGUUGAGGCUGAGACCAUGUACAGGUGUGCCGAGAGCAUGCUGUGCGUGGUGCCCGACAUAUCCGCCUUCCGCGAGGGCUGGCGCUGGGUGCGGCAGCCCGUCCAGGUGCCCGUCACUUUGGUGAGGAACGACGGCAUCAUCUACUCCACCACACUGACCUUCACCUACACGCCGGAGCCGGGACCGAGGCCACACUGCAGCGCCGCCGGCGCCAUCCUGCGGGCCAGCAACUCGGGCCUGCUCAGCAACAGCAGCCAGGAGGCCGGCUCCAGCGUCUACGGCUCCAACAGCACUUCCAACGCAGGAGUCACGUCUUCUUCCUCCACCGCCGCAGCCGUGGUCUCCUAACGCACACAUGGGGGGGGGCACUCAUACAUGCCUUGAGAGCAAAUAUACCCUGAGGUAUAUGAAGACUAUAGGAAAUAAACAAAACUGACUCUAAAAGUGCUGCGUUCAUUUUGGAUACAAAGAAGCUGCAAAGGAAAACAAAACAAAAGAAUCGGUGGGACAGAGGAGCCCUACGCAGAGGGAAAUCUGAAGGAGUGACAUCACAACGUUGUCAGCUGAUGGGAAUAAACGUAUAUAAAGUGCUCCUCGACACGCCUCCCCACCCCAGCCCCCCCACUCUCUUCUCCUGUGGUUACUUUAGGGACCUGCCUGUCCAGUUCUGGUGUUGGGAAUGAGUGAAUUCCUGCAGGCUCAGAGCACCAGCACCUUUCUACAGCUGUGAGGACGGAAACCACAACAACAGUACAUCCACCGUGUGCAUCCCACCUCCCCUUUAUCCUCCCCGCUCCGUUUUAAUUUUUUUGUAAUUAUUCCUUUUUGUUUCUCACAUUCACGUCUGAAACCCUUACCAGGGGUGGGGGCGGGGGUGGUUUGGAUGUGUUGUUGUUGGAGGGAGUGCAAGGAUGCAGAGGGACACACAUAAAACGUGACGAUAACAUAGUUUUUAUGGACCAAGGAUCUUGUAUAAGCUUUAGUAAAGGUACAUUUUUCUCCAUACCUUUUUUGUAUUAAACAUAUAGUACACUUUUGUUACCAAAUAGUUUCUAUUCUUCCUCUGAGCUUGGGCUUUGUUUUUAUUUUUAUUUUUUAUUUUUUCUCCCCUUCGAGGUCCAAAAUCCCAACCUGUAUGUUAUUGUGACCUUACUUCAAACGCCUUUUUUUGGGUUUCAUUUUGAUAUACUUGCUUCUUCUUUUUGGGGAAAAGUCUGAAGUCUUGGGUUU